AUGCCACAACUUCACCCGCUACCUGCCCUUGAUCCAUCUUCCGGUAAAUCACAUCACAAAGGCAGCCCUCCCACCAGCUUCCAGAAUCCAUGGCCAUCGUGGCCCGCGCAACACGGCAGUCCGCUAGACCUCCUGAAGACGAGGUUUGGAAACCGUCCGCCAUACAUUCCUGUCCCAGAUGAUCGCUCCGAACUCGUUCAGGUGCUCAAGCCAGAUUUCAGUCCUCCCUCGGCACGCUCCUCAUUCAAAGUGACCUGGAUCGGCCAUGCAUCUUUCUUGAUUCAGGUGGCAGUACCUGGCGAGUCGCGAGCCGUGAACGUGCUACUUGAUCCAGUCUUCUCCGAACGUACAUCGCCUGUCACAUUCUUGGGACCCAAGCGGUACACACCGACACCGUGUUCGAUAGAGGCGCUGCUAGAUGCUGUGCCGAUCGAUGUGGUUUGUGUCAGCCACAACCACUACGACCAUGCCGAUACAUCAACUCUGAGCACUAUCUUCAAGCACCGCGGACGUGACGUGGUAUUCUGUGUCGCUCUGGGCAAUUCGCGCUGGCUCACACCACUCGGCAUCCCGAAAAGCCAGAUAUGGGAAGCAGACUGGUGGGACCAGGUUGAUGUCUCGCUUCAGCAGGGCAAAGGCGACGCCAGUAGCUCAAUCUCGUCACUAAGCACAUCGAGGGCCUCAUCAUCCCUCCGCAUCACCUGCACGCCCUGUCAGCACGCCUCCGCCCGAACUCCCUUCGACAAGAACUGCGACCUCUGGUGCAGCUUUGCCCUCCGCAUCCCCAAACCAGACGGCUCUCACAGCAGCAUCUACUUCUCCGGCGACACCGGCUAUCGCACGAUCCCCUCACACCCAGAUCCAUACCCCAUAGAAGACCUAGACAACCUACCGAACUGUCCAGCAUUCGCCCGAAUCGGCGAGCUCCUCGGCCCAUUCGCCCUCGCCCUGCUUCCCAUCGGCCUAUGCCAUCCGCGCCACUUCAUGAGCUCAGUGCACUGCAGCGCAGAGGACUCAAUGUGCAUACAUCGGGACGUCAAGGCGAAGCGCAGCGUGGGUAUGCAUUAUGGUACGAUCAGGGGUGGGUUGAGUCAAUACUACGAGGACGUGCGGCUGCCGCCGAAGGAGUGGAGGGAGGAGGCGGAGAGGCUGAAGUUGAGGUGGAGAGGGGAGAGUGAGGAUUGGGAGGUUGGGCUGAUGGAUGUUGGGGAGAGUUUGACUAUGUAG